UUAGAAGUUAAAACUUCAAUCCCCAGAAUGCACAACGGUUUGCUUCCUCGAACAAAAAGCGGAAACAAAAGAAAUCAUACAUAUCUCAAAACUAAUUUUUGUGAGCUGAACCGAGAAACGGGCAUACAACUGACAGUGUCCAGUCGUUGCACCAUACAUCUAAAGCAGGGGGCUGACAUGGCUUUGAAAAGAAUACAGAAGGAGUUGCAUGACUUGCAAAGGGACCCUCCUGCUCAAUGCUCAGCCGGACCAGUUGGAGAGGACUUGUUUCAUUGGCAAGCCACCAUCAUGGGACCUACUGACAGCCCAUAUCAGGGAGGAGUGUUCUUCCUCACCAUUCACUUCCCCACAGACUAUCCCUUCAAACCACCAAAGGUAGCCUUCACAACGAAAAUCUAUCACCCAAACAUAAACAGUAAUGGUAGCAUCUGUCUGGACAUUCUGAGGUCACAGUGGUCCCCAGCACUUACAGUUUCGAAAGUUUUAUUGUCCAUAUGUUCUUUGCUAUGUGACCCAAACCCAGAUGACCCCCUAGUCCCAGACAUAGCACACAUCUACAAGCAGGACAAAGAAAAGUACAACAGAUUAGCAAGAGAUUGGACUCAAAAGUAUGCAAUGUAAAGGACUGAAGUUUGAGACAACGGAAAAAGAUUAAGCAAAUUCAUUUCCUGGACACUUCUGAAAACAAAGUACUGUUGCCACCCCUCAUCCACACUGGUUCAAGAAAGUGUUUUAUAUGGGAAGCACUUUCUGUGCCCAAAUUAACUGUUUUUAUGCUUUGAACUCAUUAUUUUCUUUGACAUUCCCAAUGUUAUAUAAAUUAUUGUUCAGUUAUUGCUGAGAUGGCCAUAAAGAUUUAAAAAUAUAUAUAUGUAUGAAUCCAGUCCCCAUCCCUCAUCUUAUAGAUAUUUUUUUUUCUUUCUUUUAGAUAUUUUUAUUGUAUAGUAUCAAGCUAUACUUAAUCUAUUUUUAUUAUUUUGCAUUAAAAAGUAAAACGAA